AUGGACACGAGACAAGCAUGGGAGGAUCAGCUUGGGAACAACAGCAUGGCCAAGGUGUGCGACAGGGAGCUCAUGGCCCUCGGGGCCGUGGCUGCGGCUGUGGCUCAGGCUGCGAGUGCUGCAAGUGUUGUGAACGCUGCGAGUGCAGCAAGGAUGCCAGGAGGAAGUCACGGCUUCUGGCCCAUGAGACGUGACAUGGUGGGCCCGUGGCACAUGGGGCCUAUGGGGUCCGUGGGAUCUAUGAGGUCCAUCCCCACCAUGCCCUUGCCCAUGUCGCUUCAGCUUCCAGUGGCUGCUCUGCCUCCCAUGACCUCCACACCGCCCAUUGGAUGCACCAUGCAAGCAUCGUCUGUGCCUGCACCGUUCCCAGCUGUUUUCCAGACGAAUCCAGUGGCGGCUCAUUCCUGGCCCACGAGCAGAUGGCCUGCAGGCAACGGAACGAGGGGCAACAUGGGAGUUAACGGCAGUGGGGACGCGGGUGUAGCAGACCGCAUGAAUGGUGAUGCCGGUGGGGACGCAGUAGAGGAAUGCUUGCAGGCCAUGCAGGCCAUGUCCAUCGACCCAUCCGAUUCCUCUACUCGAGUUUCUCAGCCAUCCAAGUGGAGCAGCUUGGCGGAAGGUGCAGCAGGCGGAGCUGAUUACCAGUUGACGGGUGACUGCAGUAAUUUCCCAGGGAGCGGCAGCAUGCCAUCUUCCUUGCACCUGCAGCGCCCCUCUUCUGACUAUAGCUCCUUAUCAGCCGCGCCCUCGGUGCCCCACCAGCAAGCAGUACGACAUGUCCCAACCAAUCAGCAGCAGCCGUCUUAUUCCAUGGACGCAUACCCGCGUCUAUCGCCUCCGUUCUUCUGGCAUGAGGCUGUGUGGAUGCCUGGUUUUGCUCUCUCCCACGGCUUCUUCCCUUCCGCUUCCACCAACACCAGAAGCAGUAGCGCAGCCAGCAGCAAGUGCGCGAGUAGCACGCCUUCCAAUGAGAAUGAGGAGAAGAGUGAAGGAAAAGCAAGUGAUUAUGAAGAAGCGUGUGGUACAACGGCAGGGAGUGAAUUCAACGAGGGCGAUGAAACAGACGACAGUGUAAUUUCUCCAGACAGCCCGAAGGCGCAUGACUGCUCCUCUUCUGCACAUCCCUCGCAGCCCUCACGGCCCGCACAGCCUUCACAUCGGCAGUCUCCUCUUCGGAGCAGAGCCCCGUCCCGCCUCAAGCCAUGCGACUCUGUGCACGUGCAUCUCUCUCUCUCCCUCCAGAUCCCCUCCCCACGCGCCUCCUCCCGCCUCUUCAGGAAGCCUCCACGUGCCCGCAGAUCCCCAGGCCUCAGAGUGCUGUCACCAGGCCUCAGUCCCCCGCAAAAGCAGCUGCUUGCAGGGGAAGCUGCACACAGCAUGGGGCUCAAAAGCCCUUCUUCUCCCCACUGCGCCGCCACUUCCCCAUGUCUGCGCUCCUGCCGCACUUCCUUCCCCCCGUGCGUCCCCCGCUGCAGCCCCACCUUUUCUUUCCUCCCGGAUUCGCUGUCCCCGCUCCACUCCCCUCUGGUCCUCUCCCCCACUGUUGCCCUGCAUGUCUCGCAUCCCUCAUCCCCAGUUGGCCCCUGUUCCCCCCGCUGCUGUUUGCAAGGCACCAGCCCAGCAAGGAAGAGGGAGAGUGUGAAGUGCAGCAUGGGCAAUGGUAGGGGUGGUGGAGAAGAGGAUAGGCCAAAAGAGGCAGGCGGGUUGGAGAAGGAAGGAAUUGCUCGCACUGGAGUGGGUGCAAAUUGUGGGAGGGGGAAAGCUCUGAAACGGAGUCCACUUGGGAUCCCUUCCGUAAUGUCUCUCCAAAUUCACUCUCUUUUCCGCCAUCCUCCCUUCUUUCCGCCACCCCCCUCCCCCCGGCGCGCAGACGAGUAUCUUGUGAAGCGGCCCGCCAAGCCGUCGGCAGCGGAGUCGGUGCAGUGCGAAUGCCACAAGGGCGCGGGGGGGCGCGCGCGGGAGAGCAUCACGGGCCGGGGGUGGAAGCGACUGGUGGUGGCGGAGGAGGAGGAGGAGGAGGAUGAGGGUGAGGAUGAGGGGGAAGAGGAGGGGAGUGAUGAUGGGAGCUCAGAUGAUGGCUUGGAAGGGGGAGAUGGAGGAGAGGAGAGCGAGGAGGAUGAGGAGGAGGAAGGGGAGGAUUCAGAAUCGGAGGAAGAGGAGGAGGUGGAGGAGGGGGAGGAUGAGGAGGAUGGGGAGUGGCAGGGAGGCAAGAGGAAGGCGAGUGCGGUGAAGAUGAGCCAGCAAGGAAGGACGACCAAGGGGAAGGCGAAUGCGCAGGCGACGCACAACACCAAGACAGGGAGGAGGCGGAGGAGGAAUAUGUCCAUCUGUGGCGAGGCAUGCCUCUGCCGGUGUGUGACCAUUGCCACUCCUGCACCUCCUUUCAUGGCGCGUGCCUCUCUCCUCCCUCUGCACCAUCAGCUCCCGCUCCCUGCACACAUCCUCUUCCACUCUCAUUAUCUACUUUCCGUCUCUCUCUGCUCCUUCUCCAACCUUCCUCCCCCCCCACCCCUCACCCCCUCCGCCUCCCUGCGCCCCUCUCCGCCCUCUCUCCCCCCACAGCAUGUUGCACGUGAGUUGCAGCAAGCACUGCGGGUGCGGGUCGUCGUGUCAGAACGCGCCCUUCCACCGCCGCCCCUCGCGCAAAGUCAAGCUCUGCAGGGUGCGUCGCGCUGCCCCCCCGCCUCCCCUCAACCGUCUCAGCACACCGCAACCCUGAACCAUCACUGCUCGCUGCUCCGCAUAGCCCACUCCGCUGUUGCUUGCCCCAUGGCUGUCCAUCUCCUCUCUGCUCACACUCACCCCCCUGCCCCCAGCUCACCGUCCCUUCUCCUCCCCCGCAUUAUUCCCGCUUAUCCCCCGCGUUUCCCCUUCAUAUGUCCUGCUUUUCCCGUUUUCACGGAUAAGUGCGGGUGGGGCCUCAAGGCCAACGAGGACCUCCCUGCGGGAUGCUACGUGAUGGAGUAUGUGGGGCAAGUGAUAGACGACGCCACGUGCGAGCAGCGCCUGUGGGACAUGAAGGCCGCCGGGGAGACCGACUUCUACCUCUGCGAGGUUUACCCCUGCCGCCCCCUGCCGCCCCUGCCGCCCCUGCCACUCCUGCCGCCCCUAUCACUCCUGCCGUCCGUGCCGCCCCUGCCACCCCUGCCACCCAUUGCUGUGAGCAGUGACAUGAUCAUAGACGCGCGCUACAAGGGCAACCUCUCGCGCUUCAUCAACCACUCCUGCAACCCCAACUGCGAAUUGCAGAAGUGGUUCAUAGGGUUCGAGCUACAGCCCAAGGAGUGCCACUGCGGGGAGCCCAACUGCCGCGGCCUCCUCGCCACGCGCACCAUCUCCCCCUUCACCCUCCCCCUCCCCUUCCCCGCCCCCGCCCUCCCCGCGCUCCCCAUUCCGCCCGCCUUGCCCGCCACCCCCCCGCAUGCAGGGGGAACCGUUCCCCCUGGGGGCGCGCAGGGGAAGGGGAAGCGCGGAGGCAGAGGGGGAAAAGGGGACGGAAUAAAAGGGGAAGGGAGGGGGAAGACUGUGGUGGAUGUGUGUGGGGGAGUCGUAACAGGGGGCAGCGGGGCAGGCAGGGGCGGGGUGAGGGGAAGAGGACGGGGAAGAGGAGGUAGUAUGGGGCAGCAAGGAGCAGUGGGCGUGGGGAGAGGAAGCGGGAGGGGAAGAGGGCGAGGCAGGUGGGAGGUGGGAGGAAGGGAGUGUGGAGAGAGGGGUGGUGGCAAGAUGGGGAGAGGCAGGGGUGUUUCUGCAGGAGGUGCAGCAGUGCCGAUUGCCUUGGGGAGAGGUGCAGCAGUGCCGAUUGCCUUGGGGAGAGGUGCAGAAGGGAGCAGCAGAGGCAGCGACAGAGGGAGAGGGAGAGGGAGAGGAAAAGUGUGGGUGAAGCGGCCGAAGAGGCGGCAUCUGUCAGAGCUGCAUGCGGACGGGCACACUCUGGUGAGCGCUGGUGGUGCGCUUGACACUGACCGAGACUUGGCUGAUGUUUCUCGUGCCAGGGCUAAGAGUAUGGCUCUAGAGGCGGAUGAGGAGGAGGAGGAGGACGUGGAGGAGGAAGAGGAGGAGGAGGAGGAGGCAGAUGAGGAGGAAGAGGAGGAGGAUGAAGAGGAGGAGGAAGAUGAGGAGGAAGAGGGAGAGGAAGAGGAAGAGGAAGAGGAGCAAGUGGAGGAAGAGGAAGAGGAAGAGGAAGAGGAAGAGGAAGAGGAGGAAGAUCUGCAGGAGCGCGGGGAAGAGAUAUCUGGGGAGGGGCGUCGUGGGAGCAGGCGCCUCAUUCCGGGGCCGGGGUGGGCCCCGGUGCCCCUGCUGCGCGGCACCAGGCGCAAGCGCCAGGCACGAGGAGUGCGAGGGGGCAUGCGCAGUGAUGUGCGCGGUAGCACUGCUGGCGCUGUUGCUGGGGGCAGCACCGCUGCUGGGGCCACCGCAUGCGCAUGCAGAGGCGCGGAUGGUGCAGGGGGCGUGCACACAGGGGGCGUGCACACAGGGGGCGUGCACACAGGGGCAAGGACUCCUGUGGUGAUAGUGCAUGAGCACAUGUGGCGCAUGGCUACGGAUCAACGGCCAGGAUUGCAGGGUGUGGCGGUGGAGGGAGCGGGACAGACGGUGCCAAGGAGCGGGUGGCAGAAGCAGGCUCUCUCUCUGCUCCCACCUGCCCCUCGUGGCCCCUCGUCGCCCCAUGAUGCAUGCGUGCCGUGUCGCAUGCAUGCUGCUACUGCCAUGCCCCCUGACCUCUGCUGUCCCCACCAAGUGGACCCACUGCACAUGUGCGCACAUGGCAUGGCAUGCCCAGUAGCAGCAGCACAGACGUGUGGCGAGGGAGUGGCGGCAGUGAGGGGUGUGACUCCAGAUGAUGUGCCUGAAAGGGGGUCCGCCACUGGCAAUGGCGCGCUGGCAGUGGGUGCACACGUGGACACUGCUGGUUGCACUGAUGUGACACGUCAGCAGGAAAGGGAAGGGGAUGGGGGACGCUUGGGGGGAGAGGAGGGGAAGAGAGACGGAAAGAAGGGGAUGUUUGAAGGUAGAGAAUGGAAAGGGGAGAGAGGGAGGGGGGGAGGAGUGAGAAGGGGUAGAGGAGGGAGAGGAGGGAAGGGAGGGAGAGGAGGGAGACGAGAUGGAAGAGGGAGCAAAGGCAGCGAUGGGAGAGAGGAUGUGGCCACAGGUGACCUCAAGGGGCUUGGCGUUGCUUCUGCUGCUGCUACUGCUGCUGCUACUGCUGGUGGUGACGCCAGUGCUGCUGCUGCAUGUGGGCAGGGUAGGAGAGGGGGCAUGUCUUGCGUUAGAGCAGCAGGGCCGGGCCGAGGGGGAAGUGGCAGCAGCAGACACGCAGCAGCUAGAGUGGUGGCAGCUGCAAUGACUCGCGUGGCGAGGGGAGGGCGGGGAGGGCGAGGAGGGCGUGGAGGGCAGGCGGGUGUGGUGUGCGCAGGGAGGGGAGACGUGGCCAUAGGAGGUAGCAGUGACGUGGAGACAGGGGACGAUGGUGCUGGCACCAAGGGGGGAGGGAGGGGAGGGAGAGGAGGGCGGGGGAGGGGGCGGAGGGGCGGGGGCGCGUGGUGGGGCGGGGGUGGGGGGCGAGGGGGCGCGGAGGCGGAGGGGGUGCGGGAUGCCAUGCUGGAGCGGCUGAGCCAGGCGCUGGUGGGGCAGCGCGUGCAGCUCUGGUGGCCCCUGGAACAGAGGUUCUUCGCAGGCACGGUUAUGGGCUUUGACCCCGCCACCAUGAAGCACCAUGUGAGUUGCCCCUCCACCAUGCAUGUGAACCCACGCGUAUGUCAUGUCAGCAUGCGGGCCAGCCCUCCUCUCCCCUGUCUUCCACCCGCACUCCUCUCCUCCUCUCCCCCGCCUCCCUUCCCCGCUUCCUCCCCCUGGUCCAUACACUCACACUCUAAAGGCCUCACCAACCCUCCCUCCCCUCUUCUCCCCUUCCCCUCCCCCUUAUCUCCCUCCCCUCUUCCCCCCUUCCUUCCCUCCCUUCCAACCCCCUCGCUCUGUCCCCUCCUCCCUUUCCUCUGUUCGCAGGUGCGGUACGACGAUGGGGACGAGGAGCACGUGGUGCUGGGCCGCGAGCAGUGGCAGCUGGAGGCGCACCCACCGGGCAGAGCAGGCAGAGGCGCGCAGGGGGGAAGCAGCACGGGGAGAGGCACAGGGGAGGGCACUGGAGAGGGGGCAGGGGGCGAUGGGGAGGGGGAAGGAGCAGGGGAGGAGGCAGGAGGGAGAGGCAGGGGGGUGAAGUGGGGUGUGGGGUCGGGCGGAGCUGCUCGUGCUGCUAUGGGCAAGGGCAAGAGGCCUGCGGAUGGUGCGCCCCUGCCGAGCCUGGCCGAUGCGCCGAAGCUGUUUGGUUCAGCGCAGCGGCCAGGUUCGGGGCUGAGCCGGGCGGAGCAGGAGGCGCUAGCACGGCAGCAGGCGCUGGUGGGGCGAAGGGUGGAGGUGUGGUGGCCGCUGGAACAGAGGUUCUUCAAGGGGGUCAUCGGCGGCUACGAUGCUUCCACUCGCAAGCACAGGGUGGCAUAUGAUGAUGGUGACGUGGAGCACGUAUCUUUGCGUGCGGAGCGGUGGCGCUUUGAGAGACAAACGGUGCCACCCACUGCCUGCUACUCGUUGCCCUUCUCCUGGCGAUCCGAGCCACUGACCCACCGUGCGGUGCGCGACCUGCAGGGCGAGCAGAUCAGGAUUUGGGCACCGCAACUCCACAGGUUCCGCAACGGCACGGUGGUAUCAGUGGCACACAGCAAGUUUACCAUCGAGUUUCUGUACGACGAUGGGGAGAUCGCAGUGCUGGACCUCUCACAGUGCCGCUGGGAGCUUGUAGACUCCGAGUGA